AUGGGAUUCGAUUCGUCUAGUCAAAUCAUUGAACAUAGUUUCUUUGACGGAGAACAGGGCAUCUUUACUGCUCGACGUGGCGAGACGAUCCUAGUAGCAAGUAUUUGGAAGUCUAUGAUUAUGAGCCAAAUGGAAAGCACCGCUGAAUUCUGUGCAGAUCGAUUUGAUAGUAAAACUGGCACAGCAGAAUUGGAGCGAAAAGACUGGUCGGAAUCUCUAAAACCAGAAGGUGAUCUAUUCGUAGAUAGAAGGACUAAUUUACAACAGAGGAGCAUUAUCGAACGAAGACUUCCUAUCAAGGCCCGGCGCAAAAGACGACCCAAGAUGACUGAUUUAGAAUGUCGAAUCAUUCAGGUGGAAGUUCAGAGGCUGAAAAAUAUCGAAUGGAAGAUUCCCGCCACCACGUAUAAAGGACUCGAUGAAGAGGAGCAAUAUCUCAAGACGAGUUAUAUACAAGCGACUUUGGAAGAGAUAAGCAUCAUCCUCCUCUCCGGAGGCGCGCCUCCUGUGGAAAUCGGGGAAGAAUCAGAUGCAGGUGUCUGCCCUGCUACUGAGAAGAAGAAGGACAUAAGAAGCAAUGAGGUAGGCCGUGGCUGCUACAGGGGGAUUUGUACGGUGAGGCGCACUGUCCAAUAUCUGCUACCCAGGGCUUUAAAUUCGGCCUCAGCCUUGAUUGCUCGAAUCUUAUCGAGCCCUUCUGGGUUGAAGAAGCGACUUGCUAUUGAGCUCGAUGGAUAUUGGAGAUACAUUGUCCAGAUUACAUGUAUAGAACACUCGACAUUAGUAAUAUCCGACGGUAUUUCACUCGAUGAAAUACGAUUAUCAGACAUUUCAUCGAAUUGGUGGUACCCAGAAGCGCAGUUACUUGUGCCCCAAUCAAUAAAGAGGGCUACUUUAGGAAAACUAAAGCCGCGGCGGCUGCUAUGGGGCUACCCAGAGCAGCCCCAAUCGAUAAGAGGGUCACUUUAG